UUCUAAUCAAAUUUGAACGCGAGAGAAUCACAAAAUUAAUUAUUGAAACUUUAUAUUGUAAAAAUAAUUCGAACAUUUGAUUUAAAUAAUUCCAAUCACAAAUUAGCCGAUAUAGAUAUCGAAGGGACUGAAUACGGUGGCUCUCACCGUCAGUCAGCAACACCGUACGCCGUUCUCCAUCUCCAUUACCGGUGAAAAUCAGUCCAACUACCAUCGGUUCAUUCCUCUGUAACCAAAGAACCCAUCUCCUUGUGGUUCGCGUUUUAUCGGGUUUCCGUUUGUAACUCCGGCUCGAUUUUUGAUUGAGAUUUUUUUUUUAGGUUGCCCUGCUUUGACUCGACGCAGAGUUGAAUAUAAUGGAAUUGGCUAUUAAAGUGUUCAACAUGGGAGCUCAGCUUCAACCAAGAGUAAUAGGCAUUCCCAGAAAUCAAGGUCUAUUCGAUGUAAAAGUAUACACUACAAAUAGAGCACGACUGAGGACUUCCUCCAGGAACAGAUUUAUGUGCACCUUAAAUCAGUCAGCACGGGUCUCGGCUCAAGCAGAGCAAAGAGAAAGUAGGACUUUAGUCAAAAUGUGUGGAAUUACAUCAGCUAGAGAUGCUGCUCUUGCAGCAGAAGCUGGAGCCAAUUUUAUUGGUAUGAUCAUAUGGCCUAACUCAAAACGUUCCGUUUCACUUUCUACUGCAAAGGAAAUCUCGAAGGUUGCACGGGACUAUGGAGCUCAGCCAGUUGGUGUGUUUGUAGAUGAUAAUGCUGACACAAUACUAAGGUGCUCUGAUGCAGCAGACCUUGAAUUGGUGCAGCUUCAUGGAAAUGGUUCUCGAGAUGCUUUUCCAGUUUUAGUCGGAGAGAAACGUUUAGUAUACGUUCUUCAUGCAAAUGAAGAGGGAGGCCUUUUGAACUCUGUUUCAGAUGAGGAGUCUUCUCUGGUUGAUUGGAUUCUAGUGGACAGUGCCAAAGGUGGCAGUGGCAAAGGGUUUAAUUGGGCUCAGUUUAAGCUACCAUCAAUUAGAAGCAAACAUGGAUGGCUCUUGGCUGGAGGAAUUAACCCGGAGAAUGUUUGUGAAGCUCUCUCUGCUCUUAAACCCAAUGGAGUGGAUGUCAGUAGUGGCAUAUGCGGACAGGAUGGCAUCCAAAAGGAUGAGUCCCGGAUACUAUCAUUCAUGAAUGAAGUGAAAUCUUUACGCCUUUAGUUAAAUACUGAAUAAUGGCAAAUUCCCUAGUGCAUGCAGAUUGUUAAAUCAACUGCAAUGUUAGUGCUGAUCCUCUUGUAAUUGCUCAGCUGAUUAGUGUAGGCCAGGACUUGUAUCUCAUGAGAGAUGCAUCAAGUUUGUAUUUGAAAAUCAAGUAACAUUACAUACUUUCGUUUUGCAAUGGAAUCAAAGUAUUUUGUCAUGUCAGAUAACUAGUGAAGUC